AUGGCAAAUACUGUGCUAGACCUCCUCAGAUGGCUGGACGCGCGUUUACGAUCGUCUGCCACUAUGGUCGUUCGCCGCGUACCAGAAACGCAGGGCUUGAGGCAUUUUGAUCUCAUGGCAGAGACAGUGACUGCUGCGCACCCACAUGAAACGAGGGAUAAGUCGGCCGAUCUGCAGACUGAUCUAGUUAGCUUCACUUUGUCUGGUUCAUACGACCCAAACAUACCGAUACUAAUCGAUGCUGAAGACCACUGUCGAUUCGUUACUCACAACAAAGCAACCCGGCUAGUGGACUUGCUCGCUGCCGUUUUUGAACCAGGCUGUACAGUGUGUCUACAUCUUCCGAAUGACGUCCUCUACCCAGUGCUGGUGCUUGGCAUACUGGCUGCUCGAGCGCAAUGGACUGGUACAAACCCAGCCUACACUGCACCCGAGCUCGAGCACCACUUUCGGGUGUCCAAGACCAAGUAUGUGAUCACGAUUGCGGAAUGUCUGGAGACAGUACGCAUAGCUGUACGAGCUAGUGGGACUGAUGCUGAGGUCAUUUUCUUCACGGAUCUGCUAAGCGAUUGUUAUCAACACGACGAGAUCCGGGGGCACUCACCGAGAUGCUGUCACUCUCUAGGUGCAUCUCCGCGGGCGAUUAGGACACUUUGCGACAUCAUUGAACAGGUUCGAAAGAGUGGCCCUGCCAUCGACAGUUCCAAGCCAUUACCAGACGACAUUGCAGCACUCAUGCAGACUUCCGGAACCACUGGUCUUCCAAAGAUGGCCGCUCGUACCCACAGAUCUAUGGUACAUGAGCUUGCUGCUAUUGCGGAUGACGAUAGUCUCAAGAACUAUCAGGUCCGUCGACUCUUCUGCACCCCUAUCUUCCAUGCCUUCUCAGCGCCAGAAAUGAUCUUCAACGCGCUCCGGCUCGGUCGACCUAGUUACUUCAUGCGACGAUACGACGAGACAUUUGCACACAAAAUCUCGCUGUACCGCAUCACGGAGACCUUCGGCCCACCAGCGAUGCUCCUGAGGCUCAUCAAUAAAGUCAACGAUCAUCAUCUGCUGCAGUCUUUACGAUACGUUGCGUAUGGUGGGGCACCAUUAGGGCCCGAGCUGCGCAGGAAAUUUCUUGGUCUUUUCGAGAAUAAACCACGCUUGAUACCUGUCUAUGGCAUGACGGAAGGGGGCUGGUAUACGACUCUCAAGGAUCUAGAGAAUGACGAUACUGGGUCAGUCGGUAGAUCAAUCCCUGGCUACGACAUUCGCAUCGACGAGCGCGCUGGUGACAGCAUGAACGGAUGUAGGACUGGCGAGCUCCUCGUUCGAGGGCCACCCAUGAUGCAGUCAUAUUUAGGUAAUGAGAAGGCGACCACUGAUGCCUUCCAAGACGAGUGGUUCAAGACUGGCGACAUUGGAUAUUUUGAAGAUGGUAGAGUCUACCUCAUUGAUCGGAUUAAGGAGAUGAUCAAGGUCAAUAGCUGGCAGGUCUCGCCGACUGAAGUUCAAAAUGCACUGCUAGAAAGUGACGCAGUGGCAGAAGCCGCCGUCUUCGGCAUUGGAUAUGGUGUUGAGGAGCACCCGGUGGCGUGCGUCGUCCCGAGGGGAACUUCUUCUGCAGACGAGCUCAAAGCUCACCUGCGAACAAGGCUCACAGGCUAUAAGGUCAAUCAUACCGAGAUUCGAUUUGUGAAGGAUAUACCCAAGAACUCAGCAGGGAAGAUACAGAAGCAAAUUUUGAGAGAGCAGGUCUUGCGGGACAUAAAAUCGUGA